AUGUUGUUUGAACCCGGUUCAGUGCCUGCAGGCCCGCCCAUCGAGACAAAGAAGGCCCUGAUCUUGGUCGACUUCCAAAACGACUUCAUCAUGCCAAAUGGCAAUCUUCCUGUCAGCAAUGUUCAGCCUUUCUUGUCCAACUUGUUGUCGCUCGUGGAUGAGUUCCGUUCUAAAGGCGAAGUGAUAUGGGUCGGAACGGGAUACGGACAACCUCGUUCUUCUAUCUCUCUUAUAACGGGUUCUCACUCGAUCGUUCUCAAGCACCAUCUUCAGCGCCAUCAGGCAAACGAAGAUGACAGUGAGUACUACAAUGACCCGAGCAACAUUCGCUCACCUCACGAAGAUCCCCUUUCUCCCUCGCCGAAGCCAGAUGCUGUCCACGAUCGGGAGGCAUUUCUCGCUCCGCUCAUGACAACAACCAAACACAGAUGCUGCAUGCCUGGAACCUGGGGGGCGGAGUAUCCUGAGAUGAUCAAGGCCGCCAUCGAUCCGGAGCGAGACGUGGUCAUGGAGAAGUCACACUACUCCGCAUUUCAGGACACACCCCUACUCAUGCACCUGCGCACACGCCUGGUCACUGAAAUCUAUGUCUGCGGCACGCUCUCGAAUAUCGGAGUUUACGCUUCUGUGCUUGAUGCUGUCUGCCAUGGUGUACAAGUCACGCUAGUCGAGGACUGUCUCGGCUAUCUAAACGAGGCGUGCCAUGUAGAGGCCAUACGUCAGAUGGCAGAUAGUAUGGGCGCGAAAGGUGUCGAUUGCCAGGAACUCCGCGAUGAUCUUGCCGGUCUACUUGGCGAGGUCAUCCGAGAAGAAGACUAUACGACACGACUGCAAGUCAGCCUCCCUCCACCAGGCCGAAGAACAAGAGUGCAUAAGUCAAGACAACAGAUCGAUGACUGGAUAUCGGAAUUAGAACGUAAGCAGAGUCCUGGCGCAGCGAGUGACCCCAAAAGAACCGAAUCGAACCGGAACGAAGAAUUGGAGGUUCUCCGCCGGGACUCCUGUAGCCCAAGUGAGUCAACCCGCAAACCGGUGAAGGAGAAAGCAAUCGAGCACAAACCACCCCAGAAAAGGUCGACCAGCGAUCUAGAUCCACUCGAUGAGGAUCGCGUGCUCAAACUGUCACAAAAACCAUCCUCUCGUCGCACCUCGACACAUGCUGAACAGAUAAAGGCCAAACAGAAACAACAAGUAACGCGAAAACGGCGUUCUUCGCGAGAGUCACCUGUCAGGUCCAUUCGGCCAUCACAAUCACCGAUCCAUCGGACUCGGUCAGCCGAAGAGUCAUCUUCUCAUAAAAGCAGCUCACCCGAGAGCGGACGGACGCGUGUUCGAAACCUGUUAUCGGCUGCAUCACCUGAAAGCCACCAUCAAACCGCACCAAAGAAGAAGAAAAAGACUCUGCCUGACAUUGUCGGACUCGGGGACAAGAUUGGCGAGGGUGAUUCGAGACUUCACGUCGACCUACUUGAUCAAAGUGAAGCCGCACAAGCUUUCUACUCAUGCAGGAAAGAUGUUAAAUGGCAGAAAAUGUUUCAUCGAUCUGGCGAAGUGCCUCGUCUUGUCGCUGUCCAGGGGAUCAUGCCUGGAAAUGGAUCUGAGGUGCCAAUAUACCGACAUCCAGCCGAUGAGUCGCCUGAGCUUCUACCAUUCGGUACAGUCGUGAACAUGCUACGGAAGGCCGCCGAAAGGAUUGUUGGCCACCCACUAAACCAUGCUUUAAUUCAAUGGUACCGAAACGGCGAAGACAACAUCUCCGAACACUCAGACAAAACACUUGACAUCGUACGUGGAUCCAGUAUUGUCAAUAUGAGUCUGGGUGCUCAGAGAACUAUGAUCUUGAGGGCGAAGAAGUCCGCCCUUCCAGGCCCUGCCGAAAGUGAAGAAGCUGACACUGCGAGACCUUCCCAACGUGUGCCUCUGCCUCACAAUUCUCUGUUCAUCCUCGGCCAAAGCACAAAUCAGUACUGGCUCCACUCGAUUCGAGCCGACAAGCGACCUGCUAUUGAGAAGUCACCUGCAGAGCUUGCAUUUGACGGAGAGAGGAUCAGCUUGACUUUCAGAAACAUUGGGACAUUUAUCAAUAUUGCCGAUAAUACGAUCUGGGGUCAAGGCGCGACAAGCAAGACCCGACCUGGAGCAGCACCUUUAGCAACUGGAUCGGAGGCCGAACGAGAGGGCGAAGACAUGAUUCGGGCAUUCGGGCAGGAAAAUCAUCGCAGCGUGGACUGGGACUGGGAUGCAUGGUACGGAAGAGGCUUCGACGUGGUGAACUUCGAGACCAAGCAGGCGGAUGAGCAGCCCCCAGCCGAGGAAAAGCACGUCGGCGGCACAAAAGGUGAGAAGAGGAGAAUUGACCAGGGUGAUGUCAGUUCGACCCGAGCAGGCUCGGCGCCGUUCUGA